AUCGCAAACGUGAAUGUUGGAGUUGCCCACAGUGAGGUGAAUCCAAAUACCCGUGUAAUGAACAGCCGGGGUAUGUGGACGACAUACGCUUUGGGAGUUGGCUUGCUUCAUAUCGUUCUACUCAGUAUUCCUGUUGCCUGGACCUUAACAAAUGUUAUACCUAAUCUGGGGAUGUAUGUAUUUUUGCAUGCAGUAAAAGGAACGCCAUUUGAAACUCCUGACCAGGGUAAAGCGAGGCUCCUAACACACUGGGAACAACUGGACUAUGGAGUACAGUUUACAUCUUCACGGAAGUUUUUCACAAUGUCUCCAAUAAUUCUAUAUUUUCUGGCAAGUUUCUAUACGAAGUAUGAUCCAACUCACUUCAUCUUAAACACAGCUGCUCUCCUGAGUGUGCUAGUUCCCAAAAUGCCGCAGCUAUGUGGUGUUCGGAUCUUUGGAAUGAAUAAGUAUUGA